GCCUACGGCCAGUGCCACGGAAGUUUUAUUCAGCACUCUAUCCGUUUCUGCGCACUGAGUUUGACCUACACCGUAGGUAAAUAUGGCAGCGGCUAGAUUGGGGCUGCAGGUGCGUUACUUCAGCUCCACUGCGAGCAGGCCAGUGGCCAAGCUGGUCAAGCCUCCCAUCCAAGUGUAUGGUGUGGAAGGUCGUUAUGCCACGGCUCUGUUCUCUGCAGCCAGCAAACAGAAGAAGCUGGAUCAAGUGGAGAAAGAGCUGGCCCAAGUCUCUGCCCUGAUUGGAGACCACAAACUCUCAAGCAUUGUGAUGAACCCCCACGUCAAGCGGAGCAUCAAGCAGAAGACCUUCCAUGAUGCCCUCACCAGGGAGAACCUCUCCCCCAUCACCAUCAACCUCAUCAACGUCCUAGCUGAGAAUGGACGCCUGACCUUGACCCCUGAUGUCAUAUCUGCCUUCAGGAAGAUGAUGAGCGCGCACCGCGGAGAGGUCACCUGCUCCGUUACCACUGCACAGCCGCUGGAUGAGACUAACCUGGCAGAGCUGAAGACUGCCCUGAAUGGCUUCUUGCAGAAAGGAGAGACUAUCAAGUUAGAAACCAAGUCUGACCCCUCUAUCCUGGGUGGGAUGAUCGUCAGCAUUGGGGAUAAGUAUGUGGACAUGUCUACCAAGACCAAGAUUCAGAAGCUCACCAAAAUCAUCAGGGAUACUUAAGUAACAUGGACUUAAGGGAAAGGGGGACAUUUUUAACACAUGACAGUGUAAGAACAAUACAUACCCUGUCUACCUGUUGCUGUUGGUAAAUAAAUAUUCUGUAACAGUCUGCACUUGCAUUUCAGUGGCUUAUAAAUAUUACUGUCUUGC